AAUCUUCAUGGACGCACGGUUUCUGUGUCUGAUGAGAGGGAGCGUUCUGCAAGCGCCCCUAACCUGCCCCAGGAAGGCCUCAGAGGGGAAGACGCCCCGCGGAAGAGGAAGAGUUGAACGAAUAUAAUUGUGUUCAGAGUUCACGCUGCGCGAUUGUUUCCAGAAAGAAGACCGAUCCAGCACGAUGCAAGUCGGGUGCAUCAUGCACAUGUGUAGAAAGUUGCCCUUGAAAGUGCAUGUGUUUCUCCUGGACAAGAUGAAGUGCCGCAUCUCGAGAUGAACCGAACUCUAUCCAGCGUCCUGCCCACCACUCGCCUGUGGCGGGACUUCCUGCUUCCCGGCGGCUGGAAGGGUCAGGGAGAGAGUCUCGCAACCCUUUUAUUACCGGCGUCCCGAAGGGGUGCCUCUACAGGGGACUGUUCGGCGUGUCUUGCACUAACUUUCGGAAAGCGUCAGCAAGAGCGAGGUGGCCGGUUGCGCGGCGUGAAGAGUGUAGUCAGUGCUGGGCCGCGGCGCGGGGCGCACUGAGUUUCUCCUGCUCUCUCGAGUUCGGCUGACUCACUUGGACUACUGCUGACACACUUACACUCUCUCGAAGCUCUGGGUCGACUCUCCCUACUGAUAUAAUGUUGUAGUUACUCGUUGUCACUCCAUAUAUUUACAACGUUGAACAUAUGUUGUUGUUGACGAGUUCUGCUUGAGUGAUACUGACCAAAACAAACUCUGACUGCCGCCGCCAACCUGCAAGUGCAGAGGAUGCCUUGAGGGCGAGUGAGUUACGUGAACUUCCUGAAACUUGCCAGGGUGCUUCCAGAAGGAUAUUUAUAAGUUAGCAAGGGGCGAGGGUCCUUCAGGAAGACUGUUGGACGAGCCUUGACCGUCUGUGACUGUGACCCAAUACGAGUGAGUCCUGGAGUGACCGCUGGACCCACCCACCCCGCCUCGCACCCCGAGGACCGCCGGCCUAGGAUGUCAAAGGGUCUCCUGCACUGAACCCGAGUCACCAAGAGCAAAGAUGCUGCUGUCAACGUGUACGCUGCUGGUCGUGCUGGUAACGACGACGCAGGUGGAGGCGGCGUCGGCGGCGGCUGAGUCGGCGAUGGAAAGACCAGCCGAGGCGAAAGCGCUGGAGACAAGAGGUGCGGAGGAGUACGAGGCUGCCGGGGAGAUGUCGGCGAGGCAGGGCAUGGCUGGGCGCAUGACGGACGUGUUUUCCCUGACGCUAAAUGCUUUGAAUCCCAUCCCGUACAUGAUGGGAGGGAUUCACGGCAUGCGUCAAGUCAUGAACCAGCGGCUUCAUCCCUUCCAAAACAUGAACGGCAGACUCAUUCCCAGACCUAACAAAUUUCCGGGUGGUGGUCAUCGGGCGCCUUUUCGUCCUCGGCCUGGGGGUGGAAAACUUAGAAACCCUCCUGGGGGCCUGCGGUUUGGUGGGGGUGGGAGUGUAGUAAAUGGUGGUGGUGGUGGUGGUGGUAGUAGUGAUAUUAGUGGUGGUAGUGUAAUAGGUAGUAAUGGGGGUGGUAAUGGUGGUAGUGGUGGUGGUGGCGGGAUGCAUGCACAUACUCACAGCAUGGAAGAACCUGAGGAAGGCUUUAUUCGUCAGGUAAGAGGAACACGCCUGGAACACAGUCAACUGGUAGAUUCCUUUAGUCAGUCCUCCAGACCUCCACGACCCCAUCCUCCUCCCACCCCUUCAGACCCCGGACCUCCACGACCCCCUCCUCCUCCCUUCCCUUCAGACCCCAGACAUCCACAACCCCUCCCUCCCCACUUCCCUUCAGACUCAGGCACUAACCUAAACAAAGACUUCGGCACGCUAAAACCACAAUCCAUAGUGACCCCCAGACCAAACAUUCACUACUUUCCCGUCAGCAUCACAUCCCCUCCCACACUCCGGACCACAACUAGUCCUGAACCCAAAACUGAUCGUACCAAAGCCGUGAACUCGGACACACGUGGGAACAUGAAGACAAGAGUUAUCAACAUUCGGGUGCCGGAGGAGAUGCAAGACUUCGCGAUUCUAGAGAUCAGCAUGAAGGCCAACGGAGACAUCAGUUUAAGCGGAGGAACCAACGCGGAGCAAAACCCAAGACCCAGUCCACGGCCGCGUCACCCACGCCCCCUAACUGCGACACCGACACCCAGACACCCAGCGCCUCCCCCCGUUGGUCUCCUUCCAAGUUUGACAGAAAUUUUUGCCGAAGAUUACCGUCUCCAUAACUUCGACAGCGAGUUUCAGGAUCCAAUCUUUCGUAGAGACGUGACGACAGGGAUUCGCACGGACUCUAACAUUCAGGACGUAAUACUUAAACCUUACCGUGCUAACCAACUUCAAGACACCUUUCGCAUGCAAACUGCUGAAGAUACUAACCCUGCCUUGCUAAAUGCUUUGUCGGUUGAUUUGAGUUCUGUUAGUAACUUACAACCCGUUCUACUUAGCAAUAAUGAUAUGCAAAUAAGUAACCAAGUUGCCAAUCUUCAAAACAUUUCACCAAAUUUAGAUAUGAAUAAGUAUUACGUUGUUCCCCUUAGUGUCCCCUCCUCCAGCUCUGGUAACAGUGAAAUCAUUCCAAGCAGACCGCUGAUUCCCAUCCAGGGGCAGGAAAGUCAUGUAGAUGAUCACUCUGCCGUGUAUUACAUUGACAUUACUAUUCCAGGGAACCCCGGAGGCUUGCCCUCUGUCGACGCUAAGCGACUCAACAGACGGAAAAGAAACCUUGACUUUGACGGCUGGUUCCCCAUGGACGUGAGUAACCCCAUGUCGGACGACCCCACGCUGGCCUACCAACCGCCGCCCCUGGAAAGAGUUCACUUCAGCAACGACCCGGUGAAUGAGAAGCCGCUGUACCCCGUCAGACCUGAAAACCCUACGGUGUUCGUUGUGCGGUCAGAGCUGCAGGAACCUGAGGUUCACUCCGUGUACGGCACCGAGAACGUCGAGUACUACCACAUCAACCCGCAGAGCAACAUCGUAAGGGCCUUCCGCUCGCCCUCCUUCACCAUUGGCGAGACCACCCUAGUCCCCGUCCAGACGGACGCUACGACAACCGCCACAACCCAGGCGUAUGACGAAGCCGUGGAGGAGUCUUCAAGAGCCCCAGAAACUAAUUUGGACAUUCCUAAGAAAGAUGAAGGAUUUUCUGAUAAAUCUGACAACGUUUAUGAAAGCACCGAAACCUCCAACACGGAGUCACCGACAAAGGAGAAGAUUCCCUGCGAAGCAGAAUCCGAAAGUGAUAUUAUGGAAGGAGCCUUCUCAGAACAUCGGCCAACUGUAAUAGAGAGACCCGACCUCUUGUAUCUCCUUCGCGACAGGCGUAAAAAAGUAACCCAAACACCAAGAUCACCUGUCCAACGCCGCAGAAACUCUCUUCCGAGAAGAAGACAAGACACCUUAACAGUCCGCCAAAGCAGCGACUCCUCCUCCAGCAGGCGGCCCCUUCACGAGCUGCUCGGCAACCGUCCUCGGGAGUCCCAGAUCGAGCAGUCUCCUUACCUCGGCUCCGCUACAGACUCUGCUGGCGCCUCUUUCCGGGAAAUACCGCCACCAAAUUUCCGAUACACUUCCCUGCGCGCUGCAUCCUCCCGCCAAUCGCCAGUCACCACCAGGGUCAGGGGCAGCUCCUCCAGGAAACCCGUGUCGCCCACCCGCCCGUGGUACCUCAUCGACACAAGAUCGCCAGACUCGAGUAGAAGACGUGAGCCAUCGAUUGCAUCUUACAUCAUCCCUGAAACUUUCUCAGACGACGACAAGGUUCACUACAAGCCUCAGGGACCUGUUUCCUUUGUCAACGAUAAGCAGCAAAAGACGCUGCAGGACUUUCUUGACAAUCCUCAUCUCGACGACUACAUGAACUCCUACAAGCCAACGCUCACCGCUAACAGCCUCUCGGAGCUCCUCCAGAUCUUCCGCUACACGCAGGUCACCAACGGGCCGGGCGGGGCUGUCACGGAGGAGCCAGUGACGCUGCGGGAGUUCAGGUACACUCGGCCUACAGAUGAGACUCCGACCACCGAAAUCCUCCCAACUAACUUUAGAUACACUCCUUCUCCCUCUAAAUUCAGUGACCCAACAACGGAGCCCGGAAUUACCGAGAAGCCCGCGGCCCCGUACCCAGACGCGGUUGCUGACACGAACUCCCUGGACGGGUAUCUCUUCUCAGACUCGGUGGCCAGUCCAGAGUAUGCCAACCCUCGGGUGCGCCAAAACGCCGUUGUCAGUGAGAGUAAGAAUGCAAGUAAAGACAAAGGAGCCGCGAGAGGAACUUCCAAGGUAAAAAUAAAUUCCAAUUUGGUUCAGAGGACUUCAGCGACUCCAGCCAUACUAAGAAAUGUUCAAGUCAUAAAUCCUGGCCCGGCUCCUUCAAGGAAACCUUUUACAACCUCCCCGUAUGUCAUUUACCAAGGACACUCCAAAGUUAAGGUUUUCGGUGUGAAUUCAGCCGAGGAAGAGGACUGGAGUAAAGUGGACAUUAGGGACAUUUUCAUGGCCUCCACACCAGGCACUUCUUCAACCACUACCACAAUUGCUCCUCCCUCCUCAAGCACAACCACUUUCCCCACAGCAACUACGUCCUCUGUCCCCACCACACCCACUAGCCUCACUCCUCCCCCCAGCACUGAGGCAACAACCUCUCCUAGCACUGUUUCCCUCUCUGUAGAGCACAGCACCAACCUUCCCGCCACAGAUCCCACCAUUCCCCCUGACGCUCCCGAGGCCACGCUUCCCACCACGGUCAGUGAAGAGUAUGAGUAUUAUUACGAUGACGGGGACUACGGCGUCACUGAUCUCGCCUUCGGGGACUACCAAACAGAGAGUCUCGGGCAGCCGUUGAUUUACAUCCCCGGCCAACUGCCACCCCCCCCUAGUGAGGGUCACUUUCCUCACCCGCCGCCUCUGCCGCUCGCCGGGGAGGGCCAUAACUCGGAUUAUCCCUUUGACUACUCGGCCGUGCGGGAGCCGCCUCACCUGCAGGACAGCUUCCCUCUGGCUCUCUCCCCGGCAGUGGCCCUCACGCGGGCAGAGCUGUCCGGGGAGCGGCUGGUUGUCCUCGCCGAGCAGCAGGACGACACAACAGAGGAUAAUCAAUUCCCCCAGCCGACCGAACCUGUGACGGAGACGACGUACACGAACGCCACGACGGGUGCCGCCACCGAGGGUGACCGAGGCGCGUGACUCAGCUGGCCGGCAUCACGCACCUCAGGUGUAUUUAAUUAUUCAUAGGAAAAUGGCGCUAUACGACAAGGUGAUAUUUAAUACUGUAUUGUAAAAGUUCUUAAUAAUGAUUUUCAAGCAUAGUUUUAACUGCCAUCAAUCAAAACUUUCGAGCCGACAGCCUCAUCAUUAAACUAGGGCGACGCUGGCCUCCAGGCGGGCGAAACAUGUUUUUGGGGCCUCGCCAAGGACCUGCUCGUGCGUAAUACUCUGUGAGGAGCACGUGUUGUGCGGCGAGGCGCGGCACAUUCAACCAGUGAGUCGGAAUCGUCUGUGUCUCAGCCACGGGAGGCACGGUGGCGCGGCGCGGUGUGGACGUUCAUGGCCACUCGCGGACUGAAGCAAAACACUUCCGUAGGCGAUCACUUGCUAACCCAAAAGCAGUCAAGAGCAAUUAUCAUUUAAUUAAAGUGAAGCUGAAAAGUUUUCUAGCGGAAGGCCCUCCACCGGCCAAGGCAAUGUUUGUCCCACACCUUCCUUCUGAGAUACAUUAUUUUAGCUUGGUCAACAAACAGAAUUCCUAAAGUGAGAUUUAUCAGUAGAGUGAAAGACUGAUUAUACAUAUUUGAAAUGUGUUGUUUUCUUAUAUAAAUUUGGUUCUUGAAGGACAGGACACUUGAGUCAGUUAUCUUUAAUGUAAAGUGACAUCAGCACAGACGCCGUCCCUCCCUCCGCCCUCCGCGGCCUAGACGUCCCGCCUCACGCCUCACUGCCGUUGUCGCCGUCGCCGCCGCCUCCAGGCCUCCGCCGGCCCGUUGUUGUGGCGGCAGCGUCGGGCCGCCGCGGAGCAGGAGGGUGGGCCGCCAGGACUCUUGGCACGUCACCAUGGCGACGCAAGGUUUACCUCUGUACAGUUUGUAUAUAAUUACAAAAAAAUAUUUUAUUUUGUAUAACAACAUUAUUCCCUCAGCUAGAUUACUGUUUAUAUUAUUUUUAUUGUUUAUGCUAUAUUAUUAUUGUCUUAGGUGACAUCCACUGUAGCAUCUGUCAAUAAUAUCCAUACCUUU